CAGACGCACCGAGACAGGAAGAGAGAGAGAAAGCGGAAAACUUAAUCUGAUCUCUCUUCUCAUUAUGGCUCUUAAUUUAAAUCUGAAGUCCGAUACCAUGAAUCACAAGAAGUGAAUGUCAGCGAUCGGGUGUAGUAAUGACAGCUCUGCCGCGCGAUCGUCUCUGAGAUACAAAGCGCGGUUUGUUUGUUCCAGAGGUCGAGCCUAACUUAACUACUAAAUACGAGAAGGGACUUUUGCGCGGAGAUCUGUGGAUUAUGAUCUGGUGCUUCAGACUCUAGCGCCGAAUACUGAAUCGUGAAAGGUCCACAUAAAGGAAAGACCUCCGUGGGAUCGGGGUUCAAAUUUCCCUCCUUUUCUUUUGUGCCAGGGGACGAGCUCGGGCCGGCGGCGCGCAGCAGCACCAGGCCGCGGGAUAAGACGCCUCCGCGCGGGGCAGGGACAGUGUGAGUGUGUGCGGUGAUCCGAACCCGCACAUUUAAGAGAAAUUAAGUGAUUUCAAGGCGUAGCGCCAAGUGCAACUAUGGAUCCGUACUCGGCAUCAGCUGGCGCUCCCAAAAGUGGAAAAGAUAAGGACAAGAAAAGCAAGAAGACCUACGAAGAUGGAGACAGCAAAAAGAAGUUUACUCUCAAAAGGCUGAUUCCCGAUGAGCUGGAGCGAUUCACCAGUAUGAGGACGAAGAAGGAGAAGCCGGUCAUGCUGGGAAACAGGCACUCAUCCGCCGCUCAGUACGAGGUUCCAUCACAGAGCAGCUCGCUGCACGAACACCCGGAUGAGUAUGUGCUACAGCUCUUCGAACAGAUGCUGGUUGAUAUGAAUCUGAAUGAGGCGAAGCAGCAGCCGUUGAGAGAGAAGGACAUCUCCAUUAAGAGAGAGAUGGUCUCUCAAUACCUGCACACCUCUGCUGCUGGGAAGAGUCAAAAGGAAAGUUCGAAGUCGGCGAUUGUCUAUAUUCAAGAGCUGAGGGGGGAUUUGAGAGAUUCUCAGUUACUGAGCUGCCUCGAGUCACUGCGGGUGUCUUUAAACAACAACCCUGUCAGCUGGGUGCAGACGUUUGGAGACGAGGGUUUGGCUUUGCUUCUAACAUUCCUCAGAAAACUUCAAGAUGAGAGAGAAGAACCUGGGAAUGCUGGGAUUGGUGUUAAAUGUCAACAUGAGAUUAUUCGGUGUCUGAAAGCUUUCAUGAACAACAAGCACGGUCUCAAAGCCAUGUUGACAUCAGCAGAUGGAAUUACUCUCCUUGUGCGAGCCAUCAAUCCAAACGUUUCCCACAUGAUGGCGGAUGUCGUCAAGCUGCUGUCUGCUAUCUGUAUCCUGGAGCAUCCCGACAACCCUCAUGAACGUGUUUUGGAGUGCAUCACAGAGCAGGGGGAGGAGCAGGACGUUGAGAGAUUUCAGCCUCUGUUGUCCGGCAUGCACAAAAACUCCAUCGCUCUGAAGGCCGGCUGUAUGCAGCUGAUCAACGCUCUCAUCAGUAGAGUAGAAGAACUGGACUUCAGGAUUCACCUGCGCUCAGAACUCACGAGACUCGGCCUCAGAGAACAGCUGAAGGAGGUGAAGUCAAUAGAGAAUGAGGAGCUCCGGGUUCAGCUGCAGGUUUUUGAAGAACAGGCCGAGGAAGACUUCGAAGACCUUCGCUCUCGUUUGGAUGACGUCCGCAUUGAGAUGGAUGAUAUGAACGAAGUCUUCCAGAUCGUGAUGAACACAGUGAAGGACUCUAAAGCCGAGCCACACCUUCUGUCCCUGUUCCAGCACCUGCUGUUGGUCCGAAGUGACUACAUGGUCCGGCCUCAGUACUAUAAACUCAUUGAUGAAUGUACAGCUCAGAUAGUUCUGCAUAGGAAUGGCUGUGAUCCUGACUUCAAAUGCCGAAAAUUUGACCUGGAUGUUGGGUACUUAAUUGAUAACAUGGUUGAUCAGACCAAAGUGGAAAUUAGUGAAUCCAAGGCCACGGAGCUGGAAAAGAAGUUGGAUGCAGAACUGAUGGCGCGUCACGAGCUGCAAGUGGAGCUGAAGAAGAUGGAGGCCGAUUAUGAGCAGAAGGUUUUGGAGCUGAGCGCAGAGAAAGACACGCUGGGAAAAGAGAAAAGCGAUAAAGAGAAAGAGAACCAGGGGCUGCAGUCUGAUAUCAGCCAGCUGAAAGAGAAGCCUCCCCCGCCUCCUCCACCGCCACCUCCUCCUCUGCCAGGACAGAGCUGCAUGAUGCCCCCGCCUCCACCUCCUCUGCCCGGAGCACCUGGUAUGCCCCCACCCCCGCCUCCACCACCUCUGCCAGGGGCACCCGGUAUGCCUCCGCCUCCGCCUCCUUUACCCGGAGUGCCCGGUAUGCCGCCGCCACCACCCCCUCCACCGGGAAUGCCCGGCAUGCCUCCGCUGCCUCCUCCGAUGGGCGGACCCGGGAUGCCUCCGCCCCCGCCGGGCGGGUUUGGCGGAUGGGCGCCUCCGGUUCCUCAGCUGCCAUUCGGCCUACAGCCCAAGAAAGAUUACACACCUGAAGUUCAGCUGAAGAGAGCCAACUGGAGUAAGAUCGCAGCUGAGGAUCUCUCUGAAAACAGCUUCUGGGUGAAAACUAAGGAGGAUCGCUUUGAGAACAAGGAGCUGCUCGCCAAACUCACGCUCACCUUCUCUACCCAAACCAAGACUAAGAAAGAUCAGGACACAACUGAUGAGAAGAAAUCUGCUCAGAAGAAGAAAGUGAAAGAGUUGAAGGUGCUGGAUGGCAAAUCAUCCCAGAACCUCUCUAUUUUCCUGGGUUCGAACAGACUGCCCUAUGAAGAGAUGAAGAAUGUCAUUCUGGAGGUCAAUGAGAAUGUUCUCACAGAAAACAUAGUGCAGAGUUUACUGAAGCUUCUGCCUGAACAGGAGCAACUGAACACGUUAUCAGAGUUGAAGGACGAGUACGAGGAACUCGCUGAGUCUGAGCAGUUUGGAGUGGUGAUCAGUUCAGUCAAGCGUCUGAAGCCUCGUCUCAGCUCCAUCCUCUUUAAGCUUCAGUUCGAUGAGCAGGUGAAUAACAUCAAGCCGGACGUGGUGGCAGUAACCGCUGCCUGCGAGGAGCUCAGACAGAGCGAGAGCUUCGCCAAACUGCUGGAGAUCACGCUGCUGCUGGGAAACUACAUGAACGCCGGCUCACGAAACGCCAAAGCGUUCGGGUUCAGCAUCAGUUAUCUGUGCAAGUUAAGGGACACUAAAUCUGCGGAUCAGAAACAGACUCUUCUGCAUUUCCUGGCUGAAACGUGUCUGGAGCAGCACCCGGAGGUCAUGACCUUCACCGAGGAGCUCAUCCACGUGGAGAAAGCCAGCAAAGUCUCGAUGGAGAACCUACAGAAGAAUCUGGAUCAUAUGGAAAAACAGAUUAAGAACCUGGAGAAGGACAUCGAGACCUUUCCUCCUCCACAGAGCGAUAAGGACAAAUUUGUCGAGAAAAUGACCAGUUUUGUAUCGACGGCUCGUGAGCAGUACGAGAAACUCGACUUGAUGCGUGAGAACAUGGAAAAGCAGUAUGAGGACCUGGCCAAGUAUUUUGUGUUUGACCCUAAGAAGAUGACCUCAGAAGAGUUCUUCGGUGACCUCAACAACUUCAGGAACAUGUUCCAGCAAGCAGUGAAAGAGAACCAGAAACGGAAAGAAGCAGAGGAGAAGAUUCGUCGAGCCAAACUGGCGCGAGAGAAAGCCGACCGAGAAAAGGAGGAGAAACAGAAGAGGACAACCGCAGGACAGAUCCCCAACAUUAAUGAUGAUGGUGAUGAAACUGGUAUCAUGGAUGGUCUGUUAGAGGCUCUUCAGUCUGGAGCUGCUUUCAGGAGAAAGAGAGGACCGCGACAAGCAGCCAAUAAUCGGAGAGGAGCCGGUCAAGCCGUGACAAACAUUCUAGCCAAAGAGCUGCUGCAGGAGGACGCCUCGUCCACUGCCACCAAAAAAUCCCGAUUGGACGUUGUGGACAGUAAGAAGAAGUCUGAUGAAGAUUUGAGUUCACUGGAGGAUCUGUUAGAUGACAUCCCGUCACGGUCAAAUUAGGAACUUUCUCUUCUGAUCCAGCAGAUUCCGAUUGUGCCCUGGGACCAAAUGUAUGAGGGCGGGGCUCUCGCUAAACCACACCCUUAAAAGAGCUUACACAGCCUCCUAUUGGCCGUCACAUCGAAGGUCAUCUUUUCACUGCCCUGAUAAAUACGUCAUCCUUUUCUCCACCGUGGUUUUUCUUUCUUUUCCCCAUCAUUCGUUUAUCUCACCUGCUCACAUUAGAGUCCGGAGAUUUGUGUGAAUAUCUAUCCCAGAAUGUUUCGUUGUUUCAGAACGGAGAUUCAUCUCAAUACUUUCAGUCUGCUUUGUUCGGUUUUUGAUUGUUUGUUUGUGUUUCGUUUAAAAAAAACACCGCUCGAUGUUUGAAUUUUAUGGGAUGUUUUACACAACACACUAAGUGCCAUUAAUGUCCGGCCCAUGAAUACAAUUCAGGGUGUUGUUCGGUUGGUGUGUACUGGAACUGUUGUCACUGAGGUUCUGUAGCCCAUCACAGGUUAAGACAAGUACUCUUAUCGGUUCACGAGAUUUCUCUUUCUACUUCAUUUUGUCGUUUUAAGUGAACAAGAUCUUGGUAAGCUCUCAAUGGCUUCAGUCCUUGUCGCAAAAUGGUUUUACAAAUAAUUUUUACGCAUCCAAAAUUUGUGCGUGCGCUCUCUUGUAUAAAUGCACGUUUCAUGAAUGACGGCAGUUGCCGUGCGCUCGUUGUGUCUUGACAGAGAUGUCAUUGAAACACCUGUGAUGUGUUUGUGAAAUACUGUCAAACUGCUUAUACUGUACACACACGCACUUAACAGAUCCAUCAUUAGUACAUCGUUCUCUUGUCAUGUUUGCAUCUGUUGGCAGAUGUUGAGUAGAAUUUCUCAUCCGAGCUGAAAGCUACGAACAGUUUGAGGGUAACUCGAGACAAAUCCGACUUGAUGCUCGUAGAUUUGUUGAAUGUUGCAGUGCGGUAAUAUAAUUUUCCUCUUGUUUUACGGAUGUUUACAGGCUCUAUAGAGACUGAAGUGUCAGUGAUAAAUAGUUAUGUUAGGUCUGUAACACACUGAGCGUAAACAUUGAUAUUCACAGGGAAAUAUGAUGUCGGAGUUUCUUUGCGGAUUGAUUUACCUGAAUGUGUGUGUUGGCUGAAUGUCCGAGGGUGGAGAUCACUGUCUAACGCCAUAACCCGACUGCAUCUGUCCAGACAUCCUGAGAAGUUGUCCUCUGGAUUCUGCUGUAUUUAAAUAAACAGUCAUUAAUAUUAACGACACGAUACUGAAGCGAUGAGCAGGUCAGCACACCAGCACAUCUGAAAUCACUUUGUUCUGGAAAUAUCGAAGCCAAAGUUUUUGUUUUCUGAAUUUCCAUGGACUGCGUUUUGAAGACCUGCGCGGCACCAGAUUCUCCAUAAAACUUUGAUUUGACGUUUGGUCGGAUGGUUGAGCGACCAAUAUGUUCAAGCUGAUAAAUAUCACAGAAUAAACAAAGACACUUCGUGUUUUCUUUGUUUAGAUUUUUUUAAGAAAACUUUUUUCUAUGUUAAUUUUUAUUGUUGAUUAUUUUACUGUAGCAAUAUAGAUAUUGUAUCGGUGAGAACCGUUUGGUCAGAUUGUGUAUAUGAGUGACCGUAGAGAUGUUUAUUCUGACGAUCUCUGAACACACCAUUAAAAGAUCUUUAAUACUCUUUCCUGGUUUUGUUUCUGUGUGUGUUUCAUGUGACUGAUGUAAAAAAGCAGAUGAACUGACGUCUCUGCAGAAUGCAGAAAUGUCAUCAAAUGCAAUGAAAUCCAGACGCUGUGCUGUAACUGCAUUUACACCGAAGCCCUGUUGUAAUAGAUACUGUUAUCUGGAGCCACUAACAAA